AUGAAGACAUCAGUAGCAACAUCGCCAUUGCUAGCGCUAGCCCUCGUCCUCUCCCUCUGCCUCUCCCUCUCGUUCGCGUCGAGGGAAGAGGUAGGAUGGAGAAGGGGAGAAGAAGGAGGACGUGAGGAAUGGGGAAAAGGGCAAUCCUCCAGCGAGGGUGGCCGGCCGUACCACUUCGGGGAGGAGAGCUUCCGUGAAUGGGCGCGCACGCGCCACGGCCACUUCAAGGUGCUGGAGCGGUUCGACGACGAGCUCCUGCGCGGCUCCGUCGGCGACUACCGCGUGGCGUGCCUGGACGCAGCGCCGCGCGCGUUCCUGCAGCCCAGCCACUACGACGCCGACGAGAUCUUCUACGUGAAGGAAGGCGAGGGCGUGCUGGUGGUGCUGAGGAAUGGGAGGCGGGAGUCGUUCUGCGUGAGGGAGGGCGACGUGAUGGUAAUCCCGGCGGGAUCCAUCGUGUACUCCGCCAACACCCACCGGUCCAGGUGGUUCCGCGUCGUCAUGCUCCUCAACCCCGUCGCCACGCCCGGCCGCUUCGAGGAGUUCUUCCCGAUUGGAGGCCAGGGCAUGGAGUCAUUCUUCAGAGCCUUCAGCGACGAGGUUCUCCAGGCGGCAUUCAACAGUCGGCGGGAGGAGUUGGAGAGCAUGCGAGGGCAGAGCAAGGGGGAGAUAUGGCAGGCGUCGGAGGAGCAGAUCCGGGAGCUGAGCAGGUCGUGCUCCAGGGGAGGACGCGGCGGCGGCGGCUCAGGUUCUUCCAAGGAGGAGGAGAUCAAGCCGAGGAGCCUCCCCUCCCAGAAGCCCCUCUACUCGAACAAGCACGGCAGGAUGCACAUGAUCACCGGCGACGAGUGCCGCCACCUCCGCGACCUCGACAUGGAAGUCGGCAUCGCCAACAUCACCCGCGGGUCGAUGUUGGCGCCGAGAUACACCACCCGCGCGACCAAGAUCGCCGUGGUCGUGGAGGGGAGCGGCUACUUCGAGAUGGCAUGCCCGCACAAGACCGACUCCAGCGGCCGGUCGGAGCGCCGGGAGCGCAGUGAGCACGGCAGAGAGGAGGAGGAGGAGCAGGAGCAGGAGCAGAAGAAAUCGAGAGGCUAUAGGCAGGUGAGGGCCCAGAUCAAGGAGGGGUCGGUGAUCGUGCUCCCGGCCGGCCACCCGGCGACGUUCGUGGCCGGGAACGAGGGGAACCUGGCCGUGAUCUGCUUCGGCGUGGGCUCCAGCAACGACGAGGAGGUGUUCCUGACGGGCGGGAACAGCCUGCUGAAGCAGCUGGACGCACCGGCCAAGACGAUCCUGUUCGGCGAACAGGGGAGGGAGGCGGCGGACAGGGUCAUCGGCGCACAGACGGAGUCCGUGUUCCUCCGCGGCCCGCAACAGCAGCACCAGCACGGCGGCGGCGUCUCCGACAUGUGA